GAAUUCCCUACUGGCUCCGACCUACAAUUCUUGUUCAAACCCCAAGAGGCGCACAAUGUGCCCUUCCAAAGCUAAUGCCCCCUUCCAGUGACCCUGGUUUCCGCAGUCAUUCGCCGAUCAUACCAACGACACCACCAUCAUGGGCUUCCUGAAGAACGCGUUCCGGCGAAAGUCCAAGCAGCGGGUGAAGGAGAAGCCUGAGAGGAGAGAGGAUCUCUGGGGCUCUCCCAUCGAUCCGCGACUGGACUACGUCGCACGUCUUCCCUCGAAUGUGCUCGAGAACAUCUUCCGCUUCGUUUGUCCGCACACGACCGAUUACAGCUUCGAUUCCAAUGAGAGCGUCAGCUUGGUCCAGUCGUGCCGCUGCUGCGACGUGCAGGAUCUCGCUCGCUGCGCCAGAGUGAGGAGGGCCUGGGUUGUCCCAGUCCGUGCCGUCCUCUACUACUCCAUCCGCUUGGAUGCUUUCCACGAAUGCGACCUUCGCCUGGUUAUUGAACUCAAGCGCCAAAAGUCCGGCAAGGAUGGCCCGACGCAAGUGGCCGAAUCGCUCAAGCUCCUAGCGGGUGCUUUACGCAGUAACCGUGGGCUGGCCGCUCAAGUGCGGUUCUUCAAGAUGCCCCCGCGUUGCCGCGAUGACCGGGACUCGUACGGUGACCUCGCUCGAGCUGUGGGCGCCAUGCCCAAUCUCCUCUACAUCGAUCUACCCGACGAGAUCUUCAAGGGAAAGCAGUCGUGCGAGCCGCUACGUGCCGAGCUGGAAGCACGGUGUCAAUUCCUGCAAAAGAUGAAAUAUGACCAUGGGUCGGAGCCGCACUUCGCGAAACUCCAGCGCGGUCUGUGGCCACAUUUGACGACCUUGACACUCAUAAGUCUGGAUCUGGAUAACGCCUCCAUGCGUAUCGCCCUGGCCAAACUUCCCUCGCUGACGGAGCUGGAGCUGAUUAACAUGGGAGGCAUCGAUGACAAGGUCUUUUUAGAAAGUCCGGUAGCUCCAAACCUCCGUGCUCUGUCCUCCCUUUCCAUUGACAAGUCUCCCCAAAUCACCGCGGAAGGCCUACAGAGCUACCUCUGCCGCCCCGACGUGGCACGAACUCUCCAAACCUUGACCCUUACAGAAACCCAGAUCCAGACCAAAGACCUGCAUCUUGUCCUCGAGGCGGCGCCUUACCUGCUAACACUCACAUAUUCCAGGGAAAUCAACGAGCGCUUCCCACUCGACCCGAUUCCCCCCCUCUUCAGUCCUCGUCUGGUCAACCUCCAUUACGAGGUCAACUGGAACAUCGACAAUCCAGCAACCCAAGGAAUGACUGAUAGCCACUACGCCUACCUCUCACAUAGCCUCCUCUCGCAGGGCCUCAUCUCUCUACGCAAGCUUUGGGUCCGUGAAGAACACUUCGCGGACCGUCUCGAUCUCGUCCCGCCCUCAUUCCAAUUCGGUUCCUCUGCCCCUUCCCUCCCCGCCUAUGGGCUAACGCAGCCGCUCACCAUUUUCGCAAAAAAGCAACCCUCCCAAACCCACAUGUUCGACGAGAUCCUCGAAGAACUAGGCUACGACAUCACUCACCUUCCCGGCUCCUCGGCCUACGAAGCUCCCAACCUCUACCAACCCCCCGCGAACAACCGCAGCAGCAUCGUCUCCCUCGACGACCUCGCGGACAGCUCGGGCGGCACGCGUCCCCUAUCUACGUACAGCCACAGUCGCGGCCUGGGGCCGUCCUGGCGUGGUCAGGCGCGGAAGAGCAUGGUGGUGCCCCGGGACGAUGGCGGGUUCUUGGCGCUACCGUUGCCCCCGGAGCCCGAUGGACGGAGGCCGUCGAGUAGUCAUAGUACGAGGAGCAUGGGAAGCCGGCAGUUGGAUGAGAAUGAGAGGAAGAUGUUGCAGGAGUAUGCGAAGAAGACCCGGGGGGAUCUGUUCCGUUAGAAUGGAUGAUCGGCGCGGUCGAAUGAGCAGCGUGGGGUCGCGGUGGUGAUUCUCCCUACAACAUGGAUUGGAAUGAGUUAUGUGACAGGCAGCCGCAACGGACGGUGUUCUAUGGGGAUUUCGCUCCUUCGGUUCCCAGGGACAUUUGCGGCCG